AUGGCAUUAAAGCUUAAGCUUAAUAAUAAAAAUGUCGAGGUGGCCCGGAGGUUAAAGAGCCCGCUUCUCAUGCAUGAGGGUCUGGCUUCGAAACCCGGCAAGUACCAAUGUGACUUUUUCCGAGUUAUAUGUACUUUCUAUGAUUAUUUAGACACCACUGACGGCGAAGGAGAGUUUGUGUUUGAACGCGCUACCACCUUCGCCUUCGCCUUCGCCUUCGCCUUCGCCUUCGCCUUCGCCUUCGCCUUCGCCUUCGCCUUCGCCUUCGCCUUCGCCUUCGCCUUCGCCUUCGCCUUCGCCUUCGCCUUCGCCUUCGCCUUCGCCUUCGCCUUCGCCUUCGCCUUCGCCUUCGCCUUCGCCUUCGCCUUCGCCUUCGCCUUAGUUUGA